UUUUUUUUAAAUCCAUGUUGAUGGGAAAAGAAUGCAAAAUUGAGGGAUGCUGUGUCCAGUCCCAAGAAUUCCAUCUUAAGGAAACAUGCAAUACGCCAGAUAUAUCAACACUUCUGCAAGACCUAUACCAGAUCCUGUUUCAUUUUCCUUCAAGUAUAUUGUUCUUUUUUCAGGAUCUCUAUAAACACCUUAUUCAGCCCAAGAGACCUUCUUGGAAUAUCAUGACCACAAUCACAAUAGCCAUAUUACAUGCUAUGCGGUCAAUAAUGGUAUCAGUCAGUCUUGAUUUCUGGAGAAGAAUGCUCAGAUUACCCUAUUUUGUAUUGUAUGACACAAACACAUUUAUUGCAGCCACAUUUGAACCAACACAUGCUUCAUUAAAAGGCGUAUUAAAGAAUCAAGAUGCUGAAUACAUAAAAGCUGAAUGGAUUUUACCGCCCGAGAGUGAAGAAGAAAAAGUGAUCCUGUUCUUUCAUGGUGGUGGCUAUUGUCUCAAGGAUUGGUUUAGUUUUAUUAGACUCUCUGAAAGAUUAUCUAGCUAUACAGCUAGAGCUGUUUUUGUUCAAUCCUAUUUUCACCUUAUUGAGUAUUAUAAGAUUAAGCCCCAGCAUAUUACUAUUAUAGGUGAUUCUGCUGGUGGUGGUCUAGCCAUGUCUCUCUUAAUGUAUCUUCGUGAUCACCAAUAUCCGCUUCCAGAAGCUUCCGUUCUUUUAUCUCCCUGGAUUGAUCUUACAUAUCAACAUCCUAGUUGGUCAGAAUCCUUUCUUGUGGAUUUUUUACCUCCUCGUCCUGACAAAAAUUCAAUCGUGAAUCCGGCCUGUCUCUAUCUAGGACUAGAUAAUUAUAAACAAUUAAGUUCUCAUACAUAUGCCUCUCCAUUAUUUUCAAAUCAUUUCGAGAACCUUCCUCCUAUUUUAAUACAGUCUGGUGAAUGUGAGACAAUGAGAGAUGAAAUAAGAGUCUUUACCAAACGUUUGCAACAACAACAACACUCGACUGUUUUUCGACAUGAAGAAUAUGAGGAUAUGGUACAUGAUUUUCAAGUAUUUGAUUUCCCACAGUCAUUUUUAGCCUUGAAGCAUAUUCAGCAAUGGCUCGCUUUUUGUCGAAAUGAUAAAAAUGGCGUAUGUCUCUAAAGAAACCAGUUUUAUGUUUUUAAAGUGUAUCAUUAUUCACAACAUUAAAAAAAAUAAAAAUAACUUCUUUGCUGACCUUUCAUAUGACAGUAGUGGUUGUUCAUAGCAUGUAUACUUCAAGAGUGCGACGCUU